CUUCCCUCCUUUUGUUCCUCACUUGUUAAUUGUUCGGGGGGAGAGAGAGAGAGAGAGAGAACAAAGGGAAAAUGGCUUCAGGCUUGAAAAUGGACGAAGAGACAGCGCUGGAAAUGGUGAAGAAAGGAGCGACCCUCCUCCUCCUCAACGUCCCUCAGUUCACUCUCUUCGGCGUCGACACCCAGGUGUUUUCUGUUGGACCGAACUUUAUGGGUAUCAAGAUGGUCCCUCCUGGCCCGCAUUUCAUCUACUAUUGCGCUGCGAACAAAGAAGGAAAAGAGUUUUCACCGACUGUUGGUUUCUUCAUUAUUGCUCACCCAUCAGAGGUAAUAGUUCGUGAGUGGCAUCAACAAGAGGAGCGGUUGGCCAAAAUCUCGGAAGAAGAGGAAGCCAGGUAUUUUGAAGCAGUGAAACGCUUUGAAUUUGAUCACCACCUAGGGCCUUAUGCUUUAGAUCACUUUGGGGAGUGGAAGCAGCUUUCAAGUUAUAUCACAAAGGAUACCAUUGAACGGAUUGAACCAAUUGGAGGGGAGAUUUCAACAGUUUAUGAAUCUGGACUCAUCGACAAAACUCCGAGAACAUCUAUGGAGAAGAGGCUGGUAGAGCAGCUAAGAGAUAGUAAAUUUGCAACAUCUACUGCUGAAAAAUCUCAAAAGCAAGGAUGCUAUUACACAGAUAUUCCCCAUGUUGUUAAGCAUAAAGACAUUUCCAGUGAAGAACUUACCUCUUUGAACCUUGACAAAACAAAAUUACUGGAAGCCAUUCUGAUGAAAGACUUUCGAGGUGAUGAAGAUCUUCUUCUGGGGGAACUGCAAUUUUCCUUCAUUGCCUUCAUGAUGGGACAAUCACUUGAAGCCUUCCUACAGUGGAAAACAUUACUUAGCCUUUUAUUCAGUUGCACAGAGGCACCGCUUCGUACGAGGAGUCAGCUGUUUAUAAAGUUUAUUGGGGUGCUUUACUAUCAGCUGAAGCAUGGGUUUCGUAAAGGAGAAAACAACAAAGGGAAUAGUUUGGAAAAGGGAAGCUCUCUCUUCUUGGACGAUGCUUGGUUCUCUAAGGACAUUUUUCUCUUCCAUCUGUGCAAGGAAUUCUUCCCUUUGGUGUUAGAAGCCCAAGUUGUUGAUGGGGAUCUUCUUCAAUGGACGAGAAAACUUAAGGGACUACUUGAGAGAGUACUUGGGUGGGAAUUUCAAUUUAAUGCUGUUGAUGCAAUGGAUGAUGAAGAAGAUGAUGAGUUUGCACCUGUGGUUGUGCUUCCAAAUGAUGCGAUACCUAGCGAAGACCGGGCUUCUUAAUAUAUGAAGAUUGAAGGGAUGUUUUGAUUGUUGUAAAUUUCAGAUAAUGAGCUUCAAUUUGAAAAUCUAGUCUCUAGUUGCAUUUGAAGUAGGAUUCUGCUUCUGUAAGCCGAGUGUUCUUUUGUAUAUGCAAGAAGAAUUCAAGCAGCAAGGCAUUUAGGUAACUUUGUUAGUGCUUCGAUACCGACAGUUGGUUUCGAGAGCAGCAUAAUCGGUUUGUGUUCUACAAAGAAGAGUCCCAAAUUAUUGUGUAUGGUCCUGCAAUGAAUGAAAUUUCUGAUCUCUGAGAUAGAGACUAUUUGUACA